GGCCCCACAACAUGUUCCCGCGCUUUUUGCUCUCGCCACCCUGCUGCUGCUUGCGGACCCGGCUGUCUCUCAGGACGCAAGCCUGUUGAGUAGCAGCAGCGAGUAUGAAGGCGGCAGAGCAUCGCAGCAGCGUUUGCCUGGCGCGAGCGGCAGUGGCUCCGCGGCGCUCUUCGAAGCCAACACCCACUUGCUGCUGCACGGGGAGGUGCUCUUGGGCGCCGCGUUGUUUGUGCCGCCGAGAGCGACGCAGCAGCACACAGCCCACAGUGCCACAAUCGCAAAAGCUGGGGCUGCUCAGUCGGCUGCGGAGGGAGGACCAUUGGUGCCGGGUGGUGAAGCAGCGCCCCUCCCGCCCACCCCCAACCCGGCGGAGGCUUCGUCCGCGCAGCUUGCCGCUUCCCUGGCGCCUCAGCCUGCUGACCAGGUGGUCGAGCCGCGAGACCGUGGCAAUGGCGUUUGGGAGCAGGCGCUAUCGGUGCUGGCGGCAUCUGCUGCUGUGACGACUGCUGGGGGCGGCGGUGGCAGUGGAGGUGGCAGCAGCAGCUCCAGCAGCCAGCUGGUCGCCACCGUGCGGCGGGGCGGCCAGGUGGUGGCACAGGCCUGGGAGGCCAUCCCCCCAGCUGCCAUGGCGGCAGCACUGCGGAGCGCCGCGGCUGAGGCCGCCGCCGGGGCCUCACAGCCCCUGACAGCGCGCCUGCCGUACACCUUCCUGCUCCCACUAGCCCAGCGCAUCACUACGGGACAUCAGCAGCAGCAGUUGCAGCAGCAGGAGCAGGGACUGGGGAAGGAGGCAGGCGGGCUCCAGGUGCUGCUGGUGCUGGAGCUGCAGGCGCUGCCCGGGACGGCAGGCCGCACGGCCGCCUUCGUUGCCUCUGGCGACACAGCAGGUGGGCUUGAGGUCCGCCUCACCCUGGACGCCGCUGCUCCCCACCUGGCGGCGGUACUGGGCCCGCCGCCGCCGCCGCCUUCCGCAGACCCGCAGCCGCAGCAGCUGGCGGCGGCCAGGCAGCAGCUGCAAACAGCAGCGGCUGUAGCACCAGGACACAACGCUGUGGCAGAGCCGCAUACGACGGCGCCAGGGCAUGCGUGGCCGCCGCCUGGCCUGGCGGCCCCACGCUGGCACGCUGCCACGUCGCCGGGAGAUCGCCGCAUCCCUGUGAAUGCUGGAGAGGGUGGAAGGGACGGCGGCGUGGCGGCAGUGCGCCACUUGACACCACAGCACCAGCAGACACACACCGCCGCCGCGGCAGCUGCUGUGCAGGCGCAGUGUGUGGCUGCGGCGUGCCACCACUGGGCUCACCUGCACGCUGGCGAGCACCUCGAUGGACAGCAGUCUGCAGCUGGCGGCGGCGGGUACGCGGCAACAGCGCGGCGCGGGCCUGGGCACUCCUGCCCGCCUCUGCACCUGGCCGCCAUCACCGGCAGUAGCGGCAGUAGCGGUAGUAGCGGCAGGCCCGACACGUCUGCCCUCGACCCACUGAGCCAGUGCCCUGCACUCAUCAUAAUGAGCCCGCAAGACGUCAUUGGUGGCCGCGGCGCUGCUGUGUCAUCCGGUGGCAGCGGCAGUAGCGGCAGUAUGGGGAGUGACGGCAAAGGGCGCCUGCUGCCGCCACGGCAGGGGCACCGGCAGGGGCAGCGUUCCGGCGCCAGCGCAGCUCGUGACGGUGAGCCAGCAGCGCACGUGUUGCGGGCGGGUGAUGAGCGCAGCAGCGAAGACAGCCUUUCCCCAGGAGAAGCGCUGACAGCGGCAGCAGCAGGUGCCUCGGCCGCCGCGGCAGGUGUCACCAUGCCAGGGGGCGGCUGGUGCUGGCGCAGCCUGGUGUGUGGUGCCGUGUCCGGGGCCCUUGCUGCAGCCGCUGUGGCAGCGACUGUAGCAGCGGCCAGCGGCCGCGGGCGCAGCAACGCACGCGCCGCUGUGGAGGCACAAGAUCUCCUGGGGCCCGGCGCAGACGUCCCGGCAGGUGCGGAGGAGCGGCAUGGUGUGGGAGCGUACCACGGGUACGGCGAGGAGGCGCUCGGCACACAGCACCCGCAGCACCUGCAAGCACCAUCGUAUUCCUCAGGAGGCGGCACGCACGGCGGCGCUGACGGCAGCGGCAGCCCUGGGCGCGAGGGGGGCACAGGCGGCCUGUUGCAGCGCACAGCGUCAGGACUGGGCAACUUGCUGAGCACGCCGCUGCGUCGCGCACGGCGGCUCGGCGCACCCGGACGCUACGCGCCCGCAGGCAGCCCCAUUGCUGAGGAGGGCCGAGGCGGGUACGAGUAUGGCAGUGGCGGCGGCGCUGGCGGCGCUACGGCAGUGGCGGCGGCGGGCGGUAUGCUGGAGGGAUCGGGGGAGGCCCGUGGUGGGGAGGGCGGCGAUGGGGGUGGCGGCGGAGGCGGCACCGACAGCCUGCUGAGGUGGCGGCAUCACAUGGGUGGUGCGGCAGGCGGCGGCGAGGGCGGCGCGAUCGCGGCGAGCGAGGAAAGCGAGGGCGCAGCCUUUCUGGCGGAGCUGGCGGCGGCUGGCAGCGGCAGUGGGGGUGGCGGCAGCGGCGGCUUUGCCUCGACCCUGGCGCAGCUGUCGCCCAGCGUCCUGAAGCUGCUUGCCGCAGGCCGCAGCGCCACCGGCUCCUGGGGCCGGGACGAGCAGGGCCGCCUGCGCCGCUUCUCCGCGCGCACCACCCGCAUCCUCAACAGCAUCCUCGCCUCCUCUGGUUCGGCCGGCACGGCGGGCGCGGCUGCAAACGGCCACGAUGGUGGCAGCGCAGAUACUGAAUAGCUGUGCGCCGUGGGCACAGGGCGCGCUAGGUACUAGGACGGACUGGAUCCCAAGACGGACGGGUGCGUUUCAAGGCUGUCUGCUGGGUAGAAGUGGAAAGGCUGAUACACCCAUGAGGACUGCUCAAGUGGAACGGCGAUUGGGUUCGUGACGUACGGCUUGGUGUGGUA